AUGGCGGACAACACCGUGCAGUGCAAUGAUGACGACAGCGAAGCAUCCGCUGAGGAUAUCAGUGUAUGGCUUGCCAAAACCCUCAUGAGGUGCAGCCACAACUCGAGAGACGUCAGCGUCUCACAACGCGUGGAUUUGAACCAAUGCUGCAGCAAAGAAGUUCUGGAGUUUGUCAACGAAGCCCUCAAGUACAACAGUCUGAUUGAAAACUUGGAAAUUGAGCUAUGUGAUGAAUUCUUACCAAUAGCACUGGUGGAAGAUAUUUGCUAUUUCAUCUCCAACAAUCCAUCGUUGCGCAUUCUAAGGAUCAGUGGAGGUUCUUUCGAUGCAGGGACCAACUCGCAAGAAAUCAGUCAGUGCUUCCUCGAAGCAGCGCACCUGAACGAGUCUAUCGUAAAGAUACAAAUUGGUGAAAAGGCGGCACUCCCAGCAGAUUUGGAAUGUGUUGCCUCUUGCAAAGAGCUGGAACUCGAUGGCUUUAUGGAACGGCUCGCAGAGUCAUGGCCGUCGAACUUCUCCGUCGAGACCCUCCGAUUGUAUCGUCAGGAACAGCCAAUGGGUGAAUUUGAAGAGUACCUUUCCACAGUUCUGGAACGAUUGGAAGACUCACCGAGCUCCAUGAUGAUCCGGCACUUGGACCUCGGUGGGUGGAGCUAUCUGUUGCCAACCUUCUUGUCGUCAUCCAAAUCUGCCGUGGAACGACUGGAGCUGCUGGAUGUCCAGUUUCAACAUGAUAGUGAUACGGGUUGCUCCAUUAUGGAUGGAUUACUCUGGGGCCUUAUGGGAAGUAUUACUACAACCAAACUGGAUUUAAUAGAUUGUGGCUUUGAUGCAUUGUCAAUCAAGAAGCUUUUGACCGCUCUCAAGUCCAAUCGUCUUCCAGUGGAGCACUUGCGCCUCAAAGGGUUGGGGGCUUUCCAGGGAAAGGAUUUAUUUGAGCUCUUGGCACUUCCCUGUCUAAAGAGUCUUGGUUUGAUAUAUUGGCAUGAAAUCGAGGAGAUAGAUCAAAAGGUCAAUGACGGGCUUCAAGUGUGUUCGUUAGAUUCUGUCGCUAUUUCAACAGAUAGAUUAGCACGUCUACAACUAGGUUUGGAACGAGCUCUGAGGUUCCAGUACCUUGCAAGUGUAGAGUUGUAUCAUUGUACUCUUCUCGAAGAGGCUGAUAUUAACUGUUUGGUCAGGUUGAUUGAGGACAAACGCUGCAAGCUAAGAAGUUUGGCGUUGUCUCAUGUUACGUGUGGCGGUGACGCGGAAGAGGGGUAUCUGGAGUCAAAGGUUUUCGAAUGUCUGCAGCGUAGCGUUCGACUGGAGAGCCUCUAUUGGGAGUACGACGAUGAUGAGAUACCACACGCAUUGUUCAAUGCUGCCAAGGCCAGGCUGGAAAAUUGGACACUGACCACCUUGAAGGUGCUCACACCCAAUGCUACUGCUCCUGGGUUUUACGAUGCUAUCGACAAUAUUGCAGAGGCAAUGCCCGGGAACUGGAGCUUGGAGGAAGUCACCAUUGCUGGUGCCUGUUACGACUGUGAGGAUCAAAUUCCGCUGCCCAUCUGUACGGCUGGUCAGCUCGAUCUCAUUGCUGCAGUUACGGAACGAAACCGUUUGAGGCAGAUCAUCUUUUCACCCUCCCUGCUGUGCAUGACCAAAGCUGAUUGUGUGAUGAUGCUGGCAAGUUUGUGGGAUCUUCCAGAUUGGCAGACACUUGCCCUGUGGUUGCUAGAAGAAGUUCCUCACCAUUUCUUUGAAUGA